AUGUCUGUGUCUAUACUCAAACGAGCAACUCGCUCACUCCCAACCAGAGCAAUCUCCUCAGGACAGAUAGCCUUUUUACAAACACCAUGCUCCAUCUCUACACCCAUGAGCCAACGACCUAUGCAUACAUCAGGAAACAGCGGUGUAAAGGUCAUGAACUCAGAUCCAAAAGAGUCUGCAAAUGGACACAAACUUGUUUUUGUCGUCACAGGUGGUGCCCAAGGUCUGGGACCGGCUCUGGCUGAGAGCCUUGUAGAAGCCGGUGGAAAGGGCAAGUAUUAUAUCCAGAAUGAUUCUUUUACUGCUUGGAUCGUGCUGAUCAUCCAGACAAAGGCUGGCAAGAAGCCCAGAAGCAUGUUGUCCCAGAAUGGGGAGGAUCACUACACUACCGCAAACAAAACGUACGUACAAGACGCCGAAGGCCUUGACAAGCUCAUCGCCGCUAUCGCAGAUGAGAACCGAGGCCUCGAUGGAGUAAUUGCUGCGGCAGGUAUCCAGCACAUUUCCCCCACCAUCGAGUACCAACCCGAUGAAGUCGCCCAUAUGCUCUCCAUCAACUACACAGGCGUCUUCAUGACCGCCAAAUCCGCCGCGAAGCAAAUGAUGAAGUACAAAAAGCGCGGUAGUAUCUGCAUGAUAGCAAGCAUCUCUGGGCUUAAGGCAAAUCGGGGCCUCAUCUCCCCCGUGUACAACUCCUCCAAAGCAGCCGUGAUCCAACUCGCGCGCAAUCUCGCCAUGGAAUGGAGCCCGAUCCAGAAAGACGGCACCGGUGGUAUUCGAAUUAACUGCAUCAGCCCUGGUCAUAUCAUGACGCCUAUGGUGCAGAGUAACCUCGAGGAAAUUCCUGGCUUGCGGGAGGAGUGGGAGAGGGAGAUUAUGAUGGGGAGAUUGGCUGAGACGAAAGAAUUCAAGGGUACUGCACUGUUUCUGCUGAGCAAUGCGAGUAGUUAUAUGACGGGGAAUAAUCUUGUUAUUGAUGGGGGGCACUCAUCGUGGUAG